AUGCGCUGGAACGUUAUCUAUGCUCUUGGCCUGAUACAGCUGGCUUUGGCCAGCCGUGUUCGGAAGAGAGAUACUGUCACGGCGCAGGUCAACUUUGGCAACAACACCGGUACUCCGCAACAUCUUGCAUCCGGACUCUUAUACGGUGUUCCCGACACUCUGAACCAGAUUCCAGUACGGCCCUUCCAUUCGUUUGCCAUGUGCUGUGUCGCUAAUUCUGUUUUGGACUUGCAGUCGCAGUUCUAUGAGACAAUCGGGUAUAAUUAUGAACGUGCGGGUGGCGCACAAGUCGCAGCCCCUGGUCGUGGCUGGAUCUGGGGACUGACAGAAUACAAAGUGAGAAAGGCCUGCCUGCCCUUCCCCAGAAGCAUGCUCAUAUACGAUCCAGAACCGAUUCGCAUCGGCGCUGUCCAAUUAUAA